GGGAAGGCCAGGACUGGCACAGUGGCCGGGCACAGCGGGCAUGUGCCACCUCUGCCACCCGGACCCCCCCGGACCCCGCCCAGCCAGCACAGGGGAGGGCUCCACGAGAAGGGACAGCUAGAACAAUGCUGCUGCUGCUGCUGAGGUGUGUGAGGUGAGAAGGACCCUCCAGCCGAGACCCCCGGGAACAGGUGACUGGAGCAACCCGGAGGAAGGCGGCGGGAAGAGGAGCCAGCCCGAGGAGCAGAUCCCGGCCGGCUCAGCUGGACGGACAGAGUCCAGCCCGGGGGGAAGGAAGCUGGCGGGGAGGGGGGCGGCGGCGGCGAAGCCAUGGCGACCAAUUUUAAUGACAUCGUCAAGCAAGGCUACGUGAAGAUGAAGAGCAGGAAACUCGGGAUCUAUCGGCGGUGCUGGCUGGUGUUCAGGAAGUCCUCCAGCAAAGGGCCCCAAAGGCUGGAGAAGUACCCGGAUGAGAAGUCGGUGUGUCUCCGGGGAUGCCCAAAGGUGACAGAGAUCAGCAAUGUCAAGUGUGUCACGAGGCUCCCCAAGGAGACCAAGCGGCAGGCCGUGGCCAUCAUCUUCAGCGACGACUCGGCCCGCACGUUCACCUGCGACUCAGAGCUGGAGGCAGAGGAGUGGUACAAGACACUUUCAGUGGAGUGCUUGGGAGCCCGGCUCAAUGACAUCAGCCUGGGGGAGCCUGACUUGUUGGCCCCGGGGGUACAGUGUGAGCAGACGGAACGUUUCAAUGUCUUCCUGUUGCCCUGCCCCAACCUGGACGUGUACGGCGAGUGCAAAAUGCAGAUCACCCACGAGAACAUCUACCUCUGGGACAUGCACAACCCCCGCGUCAAGCUCAUCUCGUGGCCCCUCUGCUCUUUGCGUCGCUACGGUCGGGACGCCACCCGCUUCACCUUUGAGGCUGGCCGCAGGAUGUGUGACGCGGGCGAGGGGCUGUACACGUUCCAGACCCAGGAGGGGGAGCAGAUCUACCAGCGGGUGCAUAGCGCUACCUUGGCCAUCGCCGAACAGCACAAGCGGGUCCUGCUGGAGAUGGAGAAGAACGUGCGGCUGCUGAGCAAGGGCACCGAGCACUACUCGUAUCCCUGUACUCCCACUGCCAUGCUGCCCCGCAGUGCCUAUUGGCAUCACAUCACUGGCUCGCAGAACGUCGCCGAAGCCUCCAGCUACCCCGGCGAGGUGUACGGGGCGGCCCAGGCGAGCUCGGAGAGCGACCUGCUGAACAGAUUCAUCCUGCUGAAGCCAAAGCCCAGCAAGGGCGAGCUCAAGGACGCCAAGUCUGCUUCCCAGUGACUGCUCCCCCCAACCGAAGAUGGCCCCUCGCGGGGUGCGGGGGGGGAGGGACCGACCACGCUCAAGAACAGACCCCUCUACCUCAGCUCCCCUGCCCGGAGUGGCAGUCGGCCUGGGUCCCCCAACCCUGCAGCUGGAGAGCCCGGGUCCAGGGAGCAGGUGGCCCUCUGUCCCGUCCCCAAGGGCCAGGUCCAGCCCAAGGCGGGUCCCACCGUCGGCUCUGCUGGGGCCCCAGAGCUGCCACGGGACUGUAUACUGU